AAGUAAGUACAUGAAUGGACCCAUGACAGACAAAACAAAUACCCAAUCACUCUUGCUAUCAACCGCCAAGUUCGAAAGAGGGCGAUUGAUUCCUAUUUACAGUGAGAAUCAUGAAAUGACCGUUGCGCUGUUGAGAGAGCCGUUUCCUAUAGAUUGAUCCUUGUAGGGAUCAUCAUUGUCUGAAAAAUAGAGGCGGUGGACAUCUGCCUAGUUUCUUGUGAGGAGAGAAGAGGGCUGCGAAAUGGAGAGCUCGAGAAGGAGAAGAAGACUUUGAAGGACGAAACUCCAAAAAUGGUCAUAACGCCUCCAAUCUUUCAUUGUUAUGGAUGUUACAUCGUUUUGGUGAAAGUGACACCGUUUUGGCAAGCAAAGGUCUCCAACAUACCAUUCAGCAGACAAGAGAUAAAUACGAGGUCGACGAAAAAGGAGGGAGGAUGAGGACUACGAUGACUGAUGAUAUUGAUGAGAGGCUGACGACAGCAGGAUGAUAGGAUUGACAGUUGGGUUUAGGGUUGUUCGUUCUUUUAUUUAUCAUUCGUCUAAGGAGAGGAGGUGUUGAUUCAAGAGAGACAAGGAGGUCACUAUACUCGUGAGUCACUACUGGCGAUUGAGGAUGGAAAACGAUGAUGUCAUUAUGAGGAGAGGAUGAGUUGUGGGGAGAUUCGAGUGGGGCGCGGGUCGGUUACCUGUGGUACAUCAUCGGGUUUUUUUACUACUAACCGACGAUCGACCGGUUAGCAGACUCCCUCUACUCCUCCAACCGACAUCGAAAGUUGCACUUAAUAAGCAGUUAUGUUAGAUGACUAAUAGACAUUAUCGAUGUGGUUUUGGGGUUAACCUGCUAACCAAUAACCAACUGGUACUACUAAUAUUCACAAAGUAUACGAGAUUGAGGUGAAAGUUUGGAGAAAAGUUUUCGGAUCCAACUAGCUACCAUCGAUAGAGAAAUCUAGGUUCAAAAUAUCCAAAGAAGGCAAAACUUCUUACCUAUUCCCACAUAUUGCCUUUUCCCAGCCGUUUGACAAGCCGCUUCUUUUUCUCCUCUGAUCAAGAUACCCAACUGUUUCACCGAUCAAAAUCAAUGUGAGGAAAUGUGAUUCAAUGUUCAGUGGAGAAAGUUGUAUCAAUACUAAUUGCAUAAUGAAUCUCCAUCAGAGUGGCCUCUGCUUACUGUGCGGUUGUGCUUUACUAAGAACAUUGAAAGAUAGAAAAGUACUAAAAGAAAAAACCAGUAUUGUCAAAACCAAACCAGACAUCGUUUCGGAUAAAUAAGAGGUUCAUUUUUUAUCGUAUAACCGUUGAUUAAACGGUAUUAAAAACCGGUCACAAACCGGUGCUUGCUAUAGAUAAAAAGAAAGAAGAAUAGAGUAAGAAUAAAAAAAUAAAGUCAAAACUGAAAAGGUAAGUGAGUGUAGGAAAUUAGCCGUCAUUUCCUAUUUAUCUGUUGCCUUCAUUCUUUUGUUUUUUAAUUAUUAAAUAACUGAAAUUCCUAAAGCCAGGCGACAGUGUCUUUUCCGCAAGCCCACCCACUUUUAUGCUGCUAGGACCGGAUCUAUGGCCAGGUCCGACCCGGUUUUCAUAACACAGGAAAAAACCCACGUGGCACUUUUGUAUCAGGGUGGUUCACAGUUGACGUGGAAUACUCCAUGGGGUCUAAGCAGGCACCGGGAUCGGAUUGCUUCACUGGGAAAUUCUUUAAAGCCUUUUGGGAUAUUGUGCAGCUCUGUGUCCGAGGCCGUCUGCUCGUUCUUUUCAACAAGCAGGAUGCUCAGGAGCUUUAAUCACAUGUGGCUGACUUUAAUCCCCAAAGUUGAUAAUGUGGAGAAUAUGACCCAGCUACGCCCCAUCAGCUUGUGCCAGUUUGUUUAUAAAAUUAUAACUAAGAUCAUGGCUGAACGGCUUGCCUGCUUUCUGCCACAAGUCAUUUCGGAAGGUCAGAAUGCAUUUAUUCGGGAACGUCAGAUUAUUGAGAAUAUCCUCAUCGGGCAUGAGUCAAUGCACUAUUUGAAAAUCAAAACGCUGGGUAAGAAAGGGUACAUGGCUCUAAAAGUUGACAUGGAAAAGGCUUAUGAUAGAGUCAAAUGGUCCUUUCUUCUUGCAGUUUUGACAAAAAUGGGCUUUAACUCCACCUGGUGUGGAUGGAUUCAUGAAUGUCUCCGCUCCUUGUCUUUCUCGGUCUUAAUGAAUGGUACCCCCUCAGGGUAUUUAACUCCCUCCAGGGGGCUUCUACAGGACUACCCUUUAUCUCCCCUCUUGUUUGUGAUCUAUACUGAAGGGUUUGUGACAAUCCUUCGAAAGGUUCUAACAGAAAACAAGCUUGGUGGAGUGAAAGUGGCCCCUCGUGCCCCGCGGAUCUCGCAUAUAUUCUUUGCAGAUGAUUCUUAUCUUUUCCUGCGAGGUACUCUCCUGGAGUGUGAAAAUCUAAUUGAGGCCCUGAAUGAAUAUGAGGAACUUAAUGGUCAGCGGGUGAAUUUGGCGAAAUCAGUUGUUUGCUUCAGUAAGAAUAUUUCUCCUCAGGAUCAGGAGUUCUUAGCCGCGAUUCUGGGGGUUAGGGUGGUGGGGGUCCAUGACAAAUAUCUAGGUUUGCCUAAAUUGCUUGCCCGGUCUAAAAUGGCUACCUUCCGAUAUUUGGAGGAAAAGCUGCUUGAACGCCUCCAGGGAUGGAAGCAGCGGACAUUAUCUUGGGAGGCUAAGGAAACAUUAAUUAAAUCAAUUUCCAUGGCCUUCCCGAUGCAUGUGAUGUCCUACUUCAAACUGACUGUCUCUCUGUGUAGGCUGUUGGAUAGACAUGCGGCUCGAUUUUGGUGGGGGCGGUGGAGGGCCAGCCCAAGGUUCGAUGGAUGUCCUGGCGUAACAUGUGCAGGAGUAAACAUGAGGGGGGAAUGGGCUUUCGCCGAUUUGAGCAAUUUAAUCAAGCCCUUUAAGCUAAAAUUGGUUGGCGUAUCCUCACUGAUCCCCAAUCUCUGCUUGCCCGAGUGUAUAAAGGAAAAUAUUUUCCUACUGGCACCUUCCUUACUGCCACAGCUCGAUCCCGUCCCUCAUGGGGGUGGCAGAGCAUCAUGUUUGGUCGUCAACUUCUGGAAAGGGUCUUCGAUGGCAGAUUGGUAAUGACCAGUCGGCUUUGCUUCACCACUCCAAUUGGAUUCCUAGGCUUCAACUUGAUCCCCCAAGGUUUAAUCCCCGGAUUUUGCCAGCUGGGGGUGAUCAACCUGUAGCGUAGGUUAUUUGUCAGGGAGAAGGACGUUGGAAUGAUGCUAAGCUGGGGCAGUGGUUCGACCCUCCUACCUGUAGAGCUAUUAAAGUUAUUCCUCUCCCGAGGCAGAAUGUGGAGGAUAGGUUGAUCUGGCAUUAUACUAGGGAUGGGAUUUUAUCGGUUAAGUCGGCCUAUCACCUUGCUGUCUCCCUGGAGAAACGGAGUGGACUUUGGAGGGCGUUGGUCAGUUAGAUGGAUAAGUCUAGUUGGAUUCGAGUGUGGGGAGCUAAUAUUCCGCCUAAACUUAAGGUGUUUGUCUGGCAGAUUCUGAAUCACAUCCUCCCAACUACAGAAGCUCUCAUUGAGAAGAAAGUUCCGGUGCUUCCUCGAUGCCCGGUCUGCUGGGAUGCACCUGAGACAAUGGAACAUUUGUUCCCCUACUAUCCGGUGGCCCGCGCUCUUUGGGAUUAUUCUGGGUUGGAGUACCUCGGCGAGGGGCUGCCUCGUCAAACUUUUCCAUUAUUUCUUAAAAGGCUACUGUCCUUAAUUCAUCAGCCAGAGCUAGUUAUGGCGGUCGUAGCCGUCCUUUGGCGGAUCUGGCGGUCUCGGAACUGGGUUGUCUUUGAAGGAAAACAGUAUGGGAUCCCGGCUCUUAUGUGCCAGUUUAAUCAGCAGUAUGAGGAAUGGAUAAGGUUUCCGAGAUGUCAGGACCACCUGGCCAGUGGCGGACCUAAGGCUAGUAAGGGUGUCGUCCGACACACCCUCGCUCUAGAAUUUUGCGAAGGACCUAAAUAUUUAAGUUACAAAUUUUUUUACUUCGGAAUAGCAGACACACCUUCAAUAAUUAUAGCCGACACACCUUCAUUAUAGUCGAAGAAUUUAUUAUCCAAAUGAAUCAAUCUUAAUCAU